GUGCCUAAAUACUUGUAGCGUACGAUAUCAUUGGCAUUAGUGACGUGCUGGUCUUUCAGAAUGGCACUCUGGGGUUUCAUUUUCGCAGCCCUUGUGGCUUCUUCGGUAUUAGCCGAAGACUUGGCAACUUUUCCUGAACUCAUCCGAGAGCGUCAAGGUUCAAGAAUCGUAUCAGGAUGGGAGGCGGAGGAGGGCCAGUUCCCCUACCAGUUGUCACUACGUAUGGUCACCGCUGUAGGCGGAGUUGGUGGCUGCGGUGCUACCAUCAUCCAUUCUGAAUGGGGGCUUACUGCUGCCCACUGUACCGCUGGGCGACACACGUUCAUUAUCCGCGCUGGUGCCGUAAACAUGACACGCCCUGAGGCUGUGUUCGAGACCAGAGAAUUCUACAAUCAUCCACUCUACAAUAAUAACUUGCCCAGUGUCGUCCAGCCUCACGACAUCGGCCUGCUCAAGUUCGGAAGGUCUCUUACUUUUACCGAUAGAAUCCAGCCGGUCCGUAUUCAGGCGUCUAGGGACAAGGACCGCAACUACGACGAAGUCAGACUGGUGGCCACUGGAUGGGGAGCCUUAUGGACUGGACAGGCUGGCCCUGAGAACAUGAACUGGGUAUACCUAAGAGGAACGUCAAAUGCGUUCUGCAGACAGUCUUACGGACAGAGCUCCAUCAUUGUGAAUUCUACCCUCUGCGCUCGAUACUACAAUGUCACCAGCCAGUCUACCUGCUCGGGUGACAGUGGUGGUGGUCUGACCGUAGUGGAUGACGACGGAAAAAUUUCCCAAGUUGGUGUCGCAUCAUUUGUGAGUGGUCUAGGAUGCCACGUAGUUAUUCCUGCUGGCUUUGUUAUCCCCGGGCACUACCACGAUUGGUACACGGAAGUAACAGGCAUCGACUUCGAUUGGGAACUAGAAGAUGGAAGUGGUUCCGAUGAGGUUGAGAUUGGCUCAGACGAGAAUAGAAACAACUUAAUAGAGGUUGAGGACACUGAAGACGAAGAAAAUUAUUUUAAACUAUUUCUUCAUCGCUUCUGGUAAAUUUCUUUAAUGAACAUUAGAAAUUAAAAAGAGAAUGUCAAUAUAGAGUAUUAUUUAUUUCA